UAGUUUUGCCCAUCAGACAUGUGUACACCCGUGGAUGUGGGUAGCACCAGUUGCUCCUAGUGCGUCUCAUGUACCCAACAAUGCAGAAAUUUUGACGACUCCAUGCCCGCCUACAGCAGCGCCGACAACACCUUGUCCAACUGAAACCCCAUGUCCACCAGACACUACUAGGACUACAACUACAACAACAACUCCAUGUCCACCGGAAACUACCAAGUCUACUACCACAACAACAACAACUCCAUGUCCACCGGAAACUACCAAGACUACUACUAAGACUACAACAACAACAACAACUCCAUGUCCAUCGGAAACUACCAAGACUACUACUAAGACUACAACUACAACAACAACUCCUUGUCCACCAGACACUACAACUACAACUACAACCCCUUGUCCACCAGAAACUACUAAGACUACAACUCCAUGUCCACCAGACACUACUAGGACUACAACUACAACAACAACUCCAUGUCCACCGGAAACUACCAAGUCUACUACCACAACAACAACAACUCCAUGUCCACCGGAAACUACCAAGACUACUACUAAGACUACAACAACAACAACAACUCCAUGUCCAUCGGAAACUACCAAGACUACUACUAAGACUACAACUACAACAACAACUCCUUGUCCACCAGACACUACAACUACAACUACAACCCCUUGUCCACCAGAAACUACUAAGACUACAACUACAACGACAACUCCCUGUCCACCAGGGGAAACAACGACAACUCCUUGUCCACCUGGGGAAACAACGACCACUCCUUGUCCACCAGGAGAAACAACGACGACUCCUUGUCCACCAGGAGAAACAACGACAACUCCCUGUCCACCAGGAGGAACAACAACAACUCCGUAUCCAGGAAUCCCAACACCACCAACAAAUUUCCCGACUCCACCAACUGGAUUUCCAACUCCUCCAACAGGACUUCCGACUCCGCCAACUGGAUUACCAACACCACCGACUGGCCUUCCGACUCCUCCGACAGCGCUUCCUACACCACCGACAGGAACGCCGACUGAUCCUACUGGUGGACCACCCACACCUACAGAUCCAAAUCUAACUCCGUCCACACCCGUUAUGACUCCGCCAACUCCAUCUCCAACUCCUAAUUUCCCAAUUACACCUUCAACGCCAGCAUUGACGCCACCAACUCCUCCAACAGCAAUUACACCAGAUCCUGAAAAUCCACCAAUCGUUCCGAUUCCCACUUGGCCACCAGAUGCAGAAGAUAAUGUUCCAACGGUUUCAGUACCGCCGCCCGGUUGGGAUAUCAUUGAUUCUGGAGAAGUGCCCAUUGUUCCAGUACCACCACCAGGAUGGCCACCAGUGGAAGAUGACGGAAAUGUACCAAUCGUUCCAGAUGAUCCGUGGGAUUCUGUCGAAGAUGAAGACGAUGGAGGAGUACCAAUUGUGCCGCCACCAGAUGGCUGGGAUCCUGAUGAUGGUUUCCUUCCCGGUCCCGGUCCCGGUCCAGGUCCAUUCAAUGGUUUGAUAGAAGAAUCCAAUCCUCAAACUUCCAAACCAGACUGGUGGUUUUGGUAAUAGUCAGGAGAGAGUUUGUUUUAUUUUGCACUUAUAAAAUUAGGAGAGAUAAACAUUUAAUAUUUUUUUUAAAUAAUAAAUGGGAUCAAUCGAAUAAA